AACGUUCAAACGUUGAAACGUUUUCAAUUCACUCAAAUUUGAGGCAUGAAAAGCAGCAAUCCCGCAUUGCUGGAGCGGUUUGAUCGGUCAACCCUAAAACCAGGAUCUAAUCAACAUCGCAAUUCUCAAGAACUAGAGAGACAAGGUGACAAACAGUUAACAGCGAGAAGAGCAAUGGACGAUUCUCCGGAAGAUGGAAAAGAGAGAAGCCACUGGCGACUUGCUUAUAAUAUCGCAAAGAUUUGUUUGCUGCUAUUGGUUUGGAUAUACUUUACAGUAAAUCUAAUUAUAAGGCCACCCGAAGAGCUGCAAUCCACACUGCUCUCAUUGGCUCCGAAUGUUCAGAUGGAGUGGUCGCCAAAGGAGACGGAAUCGCAGCGCGUAGCUAUAUCGUUGCUGGGUCACAUAAACGAGGAUUUGACACUUACUACCCGCAAAAGGUCGGAAGCUGGCGAUGCGCCGCGUAUUGUGGUGUUCAUAAAUCGUGUCGAUAAAGAUAGCCGUAAGGUAAUCAGCAAAACCGAUGAUUGGCUUGUGAUAUUGAAACCGCGCCCCGCGGGCGAUCUGAAGAAAGUGAAAUCGCAUUUCGAUGUAAGUGAAGAUGAGGAGACACUUAAAAGCAGCGAACUGGUUGUAGAUUUGCGUCUACUGCAGUCUCCGGACACUAGAGCCGUAGAAAUAUCAUUCAACUCUCAUCCCGUCGACACGCAAAAGGGCACCAUCUAUGGAGCGAUAUUGCUGGUGGGCAUGUACGUUCUGAUUAUCUGGGAAGUCACGGACCGCACAUUUGCCGCCCUGUUGGCCAGCAGCACCGGCGUCGCGAUCCUGACCAUGAUGGGUGCUCGUCCCACAUUGGAGGAAAUUGUCGCCUGGAUCGAUAUCGAGACGAUGAUGCUGCUCUUUGGCAUGAUGAUCCUGGUGGCUGUGCUCUCCGAGACCGGCAUCUUCGACUAUCUGGCCGUGUUCGCCUAUCGCAUGGCAAAGGGACAUGCCUGGCCCUUGAUCUUCUUCCUCUGCAUGUUCACGGGCACUCUGUCCGCCUUCCUUGACAACGUGACCAUGAUGCUGCUCAUGACACCGGUCACGAUUCGUCUCUGCGAGGUCAUGCUGCUGCGCACCAACAUGGUCCUCAUCUGCGUGGUCAUCUACUCGAACAUCGGCGGCACCAUGACGCCGGUGGGCGAUCCGCCCAAUGUUAUCAUAGCGACCAACGAAUACGUGCAACGCGCCAACAUCGACUUCGUCAACUUCACGUUGCACAUGUUCUGGGGAGUGGCGGGCAGCAUGGGAAUGGUCUUCGUAUUCCUCUACUUUACGCUGCGCAAGCGCGUCUACAUGACCGAGGAGAGGGCGCUGCGUCAGUCGAUAAGAACUUUGGAGAAGCAUGCAAACAAAUUGCAGCCCCAGACGAAGAAUGAGGAGCAUCUGAAGGAGGAUAUAUUGAUCCGGGUGGAUGAGAUGAAGAACAAGUAUAAGCAGCGGAAGGGGACUACAACCGGAGCGUUCACAUUACAUCCGGUCAGCAACUACGAGGAGACGCUGGCCGAUCUUCAAUCCAAGUACAAGAUAAGGAAUAAGCCGCUGCUUGUCAAGUCCGUGAUCGCUUUGAUCUUUGCGAUGGCCCUCUUCUUCCUCCACUCGUUGCCCUUCAUGAAGGGCGUCUCCCUGGCCUGGGCCGCCGUGCUGGCCGCCCUCCUGCUGCUCGUUCUCGCCAAUCUGGAGGAUAUGCAAGUGGUGCUCGCCCAGGUCGAAUGGUCCACAUUGCUCUUCUUUGCCGCUCUGUUCGUCCUAAUGGAGGCCCUGGCCGAGCUCGGCCUAAUCGACUGGGUGGGCGAUCAGGCCAUAGCUGUCAUCAUGAGUGUGAAGAAGAAGCACCAGCUGGCAGUUGGCAUAUUGAUCAUACUUUGGGUGAGCGGAAUGACAUCAGCCUUUGUGGAUAACAUACCCAUUACGACCAUGAUGCUGAAGCUGGUAAUUAAGCUGGCCAAGAACGAGGAGCUCAAUUUGCCGCUCUCCCCCUUGAUCUGGGCCCUGGCCUAUGGGGCUUGCUUUGGCGGCAAUGGGACACUGAUUGGGGCCUCGGCCAACGUUGUGACGGCUGGUAUGGCCAACCAGCACGGCUAUAAAAUCACAUUCCUGGCCUUCUUCCUCAUCGGCUUCCCCGUAAUGCUUAUCACCAUCAUCAUCGCCUCCAUAUAUCUACUCAUCGCACAUACUGUAUUCACCUGGCACAGUGAUUGGAUAACUAAUACCUAAUGUGUACUGCAAAUUCUUUUGUGCUCUAUCGAUAUUUUGUAGAAUAAAUCUGGCACCAUUUCAA